AACCAGGUUUUUGACGAAUCAAAUCUGGGAUUUCCCUAGCUCAUCGCAGACUUAAUCAUACGAUACAGAACUGGAUUUUCCAGACGAUUGUCCGCCUUGGAAACCUGUAUUCAGUGGCGUUCCCAUCCUAUUUACUACUUUGUAUAUUGAUUCACUAAAAUAUAACUUUCCAGUUAUGAAGAUACAAAUUUACCCCCACUAGUGAAUUCUGCAAGCCCCUGCCUGUUUUAUACUGCGGUGUUUAAUGUAUGGAUUGGUGCAGCCGUUUCUUAAUCGUGUUUCAGUUUCGCUCGAACAGUGAAUGAAAGAACAUACGACUAUAGCUCGAGGAUUCGGUUAAAAAUGUGCAUCGAUUGGUAUACAAUGUUCAUUUUGGCUGGCUUAACUCAGUUGGGCGCAGGCCAAGAACCAUUAAUUUUCGAAACAUCUCCCAACCCAUGGAAUAUUGGCGCAGCAACGACGUCAAUACCACUUUCGCCCACCAGCUCAAACUUUGUAUUGGUUAACAAUGUAAGAAUACCAGGAGGUCUAACACCAUUCGUACCAGCACCGGCCCCAACCCAGGAAUUUCUGAAAUGCUAUGGUAGCUGUCCCACCACGUCGCAAUACAAUCCCAUUUGUGGGAGCAAUAUGCAGCUUUAUAUGAACGAGGAAAAAUUCAAUUGUGCUCGUAUCUGUGGAGCUGACAUUCAAAUUGUUCGAAGAGGGUCUUGCGAGGGUCUUUUUGCGAUGACGCGAGGUUGAUUCCUUUAACAUAACAUUCCUUUAAUAUAACACAUUAAUUUUCA